UGUACUUUACUGUACUAGUACUUCUCCCGGCGUUGUACGAUACGGUAUUUUUCUCCUUGCUUCCUCGCUGCUUAGGUCUCGAUCACGCCUUCUACCGGCAUCAGACCUUGACUCUUACGGUAGCUACAGGGUGCUGCAGACAUCCCAUACUGCCAUUUCAUGCCCCUGAAGGGCCUUGCUACUUCAUCGGGUGGUUUAGACUUGCGGAAGCCCAUCAGAAGGAGCCUUUUUACACCCCUCCCCCGCCCAGUAACCAGCUGACCCGAGAUAGCGACACACUCGAGGGGAAAAAGGCCCCGGGAACGCAGCUCCGGAGAAAGUCUCCUUCCCAUCCUACAAUCCUCCUGUGAACCCGGUCUCCAAACCAACCGCACAAAACAUGGCAGGCGUUACCUUUGGACCAGCCGAUACCAGAAAUAGCAGCCGUCCCUCUUCCCCUGGCGUCGGCGCGAGUGCGAAUGGUCCAAGUAGUGGUGGUGGUGGUGGUCCUGGACGAAGAGAUAAACUGGGGGAAUCCUCGAGGCCUCUGAAAAGACGCUGUGUCAGUAAUGCAUGCAUCGCUUGUCGGCGUCGCAAGUCAAAGUGUGAUGGGAAUACACCAGCUUGUGCGGCAUGCGCGUCCGUCUACCACACCGAAUGUGUCUACGAUCCCAACUCGGAUCAUCGGCGAAAGGGGGUGUAUAAGCAGGACAUUGACAAUCUGAAGACUCAAAAUACCACAUUGCACACUUUGGUCGAGGCGAUUCUGAAUUACCCCGAGGAUAAGGUGUUUGAUUUGGUCAAGCAAAUUCGAACGUGUGACUCGCUUGAGGAUCUUGUUGAGGGGAUAAUCGCGGAGCAGAAUGCAAAUGCAGACCCGGACGAGGCAUCGCCGGAUGGCACGGCGGCGAAUGGGCACCAACGAGACGCGGAGACCGGUGGAGAUCGGCCCAUCAGUCUGGAGGCGGAACUCAGCGGGAAGAUGGGUCGACUAAGGGUUGAGGAUGGUCAAGUGAGAUUUAUUGGAGCAACGUCGAAUCUGUUGUUCGUGACGCCAACAUCAUAUUCAACGGAAGAGGACGAACAGAGUGAGAUUGAAGGGAGAAACAAAUCCGCGAUUGGCAGGAGCAUAGAUAUUGGUGAGAAAGACCCGAUAACGACAUGGACUACGGUGACACAGGACCCGGCAUUGAUAAAUCAUCUUGUCCGGAUGUACUUCGCCUGGCACUACCCCUAUUUUACAACUCUAAGCAAAGAUCUAUUCUACAAAGAGUUUCUCCAGGGGAAGAAUCAAUCCCGACCAUCCGGUAUAAAAUACUGCACUUCACUCCUAGUGAAUGCGAUUCUAACCCUCGGUUGCCACUUUACGUGUGUUGUUGGAUCUCGGGCGAACCACAAUGACCCGGCUACAGCUGGAGAUCACUUUUUCAAGGAAGCAAAGAGGAUGAUUCUUGAAAACGAUGAGCACGAGGUUCCCCGGUUAACAACGGUACAGGCGCUAGCUCUGAUGAGUGUUCGCGAGGCUGGUUGCGGAAGAGAGGCGAGGGGCUGGGUAUACUCUGGGAUGAGCUUUCGGAUGGCGAUGGAUCUUGGGUUGCAUCUUGACCCCAGUUCCUUGAAGGACGGGGUGGGUUUGGGAUCGGGGAUAAGCGACGAGGAGCUUGAUGCUAGAAGGGUUACGUUCUGGGGGUGUUAUCUGUUUGACAAAUGCUGGAGCAAUUACAUGGGUCGUAUGCCACAACUCCCAUCGUCAAUGGUUACUGUGCCAAAACCGGACGUAUUCCCAAGUGAAGAUUCGGACAAUUGGCUUCCGUACACCGAUUCGGGGGUCUCAACGAUUAAUCCGCAGCCCUCCCGGAUCAGGGCGGUAUCUUUACGGAUAUCAAUGUUGUGUGAAAUCAGCAACGACGUGCUCUUGAGCUUCUACGAUUCAGCCCCUGGUUCGAAUAGUGGCGUGGUGGAAUUCGCCGCAACGACAAUCAACCGUAUUCAACAAGCGGGGAAGAAUGGGGUCCAGGCUGAAUUUAAGAAGCUCGGCGAGCUUUUUGCGAGAUUGGAAGAUUGGCGGAAGAAGCUUCCGACUGAACUUGAAGCUAAGGAAGGCAGCCUUCCGAGCGUACUUCUAAUGCACAUGUUCCACCAAACAUUGUACAUUCACCUUUUCCGGCCGUUCCUGAAGUCAUCUGCAGCGACGAAUAGCACACUUUCCCAUUUGGACCCCCGGAAGGCAUGUCUUGCCGCAGCAACAAUGAUUUCGAAAUAUCUACGCUUUUACAAACGCCGAUAUGGUCUCCGGCAAAUUUGUAAUGUCGCUGGGUACUUUAUCCACUCAGCUUGUACCGUACACCUUCUCAACCUUCAACAAAAGGCUGCCAAGCGGGAUAUCGUGCAGGGUCUGAAAAGCCUCGAGGAGAUUGGAGAAUGCUGGCUCGUUGCAAAGAGAGCGCUGGUUAUUGUGGGGGUAUUCGUCAAGCGGCGAGGAAUCGAGCUACCAGAAGAAGCAGAGGGUGUUCUGAAACGGUGCUGGAAGGAAGGGAAACGCUUCGGUCUCGGUGCCCAGGUUGACAAAGUCCUCAGAGCCGCAACCACCAUCAAACAAGGUCUUGAAGAUCCAACGCCGCUGCCAAAGCCAGUAACGACAGCGCCAAUUACUAGCACCAGUGUAUCUGACUUAACCCAAGCUGCUCAGCUCACAUCUUUACCCUCCCGCCCCCACCCAUCAGCUUCCCCGCCCCUGCCGCACCGCAAAUCAUUCCCAGCACAAUCCCCGCCUCUGCCGCCUCCACCGCCAAUUCCCCAAUCAUCGCCCCAAGCCUUCCCGACCCGUUACUACCCCGACCAUCCACAACUCACGUACUACACCUCCCCACCCUCGAACCCGCAAUACCUUCCUACGACCGCCCCGUUAUCCCCUAGCAGCUGUGCUUCCGCCGGGACCCCGGGGAGUGAACUCUUGCCGGAAUUCGGCAUUGACCAGGGGCUUUUGGACCAGUGCGAGAACUGGUGGUGGCGGGAUACUACCGAACUUGCGAAUGAGAUGGCGGUUGACACGCCGGCUUGGCCUGGGGCUGGUGGGUCGGGCGCGGCGGUGCAGGGGACGGUGGGAGGGUUUGGCGGGCCGGGGGCAGGAGGGUUUGACGACGGGGAGGAGUGAAGCGCGAAGGAACGGAGAGAAGUAGGCAGUUGCGUUUCAUAUCCCAAAGGAGUGGGGAGGGAAAAGAGAGGGAAAGGGCGAGGGAGCAAAGGUGGUCAUGCUGAGUGUACUGGAUCUUGUGGUUUUGUAUUGUGUUAGAUGAAACUUUUUUGCUUAAUGUCGAUAAGUGUAUUCUCAGCUUAUUUAUUCACGACGUGUCUAGCGUUUUUAAUAUUUUCUUCCA